GGCAAAGCGGAAAAAACUAACUACGCUUCGCGCGGCAGUGUGGGUGGGAGAAAUAAAGGGCUGAACAGACGAGGCCCUGCAGCGCUCGCGUACCCCAAAAUGGCUCGGAGGCAGGAGGAGCAGAGAGGGGGCGCGCCCUUGAUGGCGGAAGGCAAGUCGGACGCGGAGGUUAGGCUCAUUCUGUACCACUGGACACAUUCUUUCAGCUCUCAAAAGGUGCGCUUGGUAAUUGCUGAAAAGGCAUUGAAGUGCGAGGAACAUGAUGUAAGUCUGCCCUUGAGUGAGCACAAUGAGCCUUGGUUUAUGCGUUUGAACUCAACUGGAGAAGUGCCUGUCCUUAUCCACGGGGAAAACAUUAUUUGUGAGGCCACUCAGAUCAUUGAUUAUCUUGAACAGACUUUCCUGGAUGAAAAAACACCCAGGUUAAUGCCUGAUAAAGGAAGCAUGUAUUACCCACGGGUACAACAUUAUCGAGAACUGCUUGACUCAUUGCCAAUGGAUGCUUAUACCCACGGCUGCAUUUUACAUCCUGAGCUAACUGUGGACUCCAUGAUCCCAGCUUAUGCAACCACACGGAUUCGCAGCCAAAUUGGUAACACAGAAUCGGAACUGAAAAAGCUUGCUGAAGAAAACCCAGAUUUACAAGAGGCAUACAUCGCAAAACAGAAGCGACUUAAAUCAAAGCUGCUUGACCAUGACAAUGUCAAAUAUUUGAAGAAAAUUCUUGAUGAAUUGGAGAAAGUCUUGGAUCAGGUUGAAACCGAGUUGCAAAGAAGAAAUGAAGAAACCCCAGAAGAGGGCCGCCAGCCUUGGCUCUGCGGAGAAUCCUUCACCCUGGCAGACGUUUCUCUUGCUGUCACAUUACAUCGACUGAAGUUCCUGGGGUUUGCGAGGAGAAACUGGGGAAAUGGAAAGCGACCAAACUUGGAAACCUAUUACGAACGUGUCUUGAAGAGAAAAACAUUUAACAAGUUCCCCCAGUUGGGUGAUGCCUGUGAGAUAUCCCUCCUUUGGACUUUUGUGUCCAGUCCCUGGGGGUCUGGGCUUAUACAGCCCUUUUUAGCACGCAAAUGGAAGUCAGCGUAUCGGGGGUACCUCAGUCCAUCUGGAAGGGACAAUCCCAGGGUGUCCCAUGAACAACCAUGGAAUUGCAUCAUACACAGUUUGUGCUCAGGAAAAAAUUUUCAUGGUGACAGGAAGAUACAGAUUCCCUGGAGCUGGCCUGAAGGGAGUUGGGGGAUAGUUUUAGAUCUCUGGCUGGAAGUAUGUAUAGAGCAUGAUGAGCUAAGGUUCCAGCAAACAACAAAAGCUUUUUGGAUUGCCUCAGAUUGGCUAUGCAAAACAGGCAAAGAAUGUACUGACUUUUUCAUGAACAGGAAACAGUCAUACUUAGGAAAUGACUUUUUGAUGGUAAAAUGAGUCUAUAAUUCUGUUUCAUGGAUCAGUUAUUUUAGAGAGUCUUGAAAUGGAUAUUCCUUGUUUACAUAAAUUAAUAACAUCUCAGUGUAAACUCAAUACAACAAUCACUAACGACUGGCAGCUUUUCUAAUAUCUUAAUAUUGCCCCUCAGUGCAUUGUCAUAGAGACUGACUGGAUUUGUUUAUUGCUGGGACAUUUCAGUUCAUGUUCCUAAAAGAGCCACAAAACUGAUUAUUUAGUAGUUCAUCAUGUUUCAGAGAUCUUUAUAUAACCCUAUUAGAAGCAAGAAUUCAGACAUGAAGAGAACGAAAUUGGAUUUUUAUAAAAAUCUACAAAGGAUACUUACCUAUGUAAAGGUUGUUGAUUAAGAACAAAGAUCAAAAGCCAGUGCUGGAUUUUCUUAAAUUUAUUUUAUAACUAAGUCAUAGAAAGUCUACUGGGAAGUAUAAUUUUCUGAUAUAGUUCCAUUGGAAAUAUUCUUGUGUUAAUAUUAAAGAUGAUGCAUCCUAGUGAUUUCGCUUGUUUCGUGGAUACCCUUGGUUUGGACUUAUAAAAUGUUUGGGGUCAUAAUGCCCACUAGAUGUCGCUGUUCAUACAGUAGUCUGAGACUGGGCAUUCUGUUCAGCAAGCCUUCUAAAAUGGCUCAAGUGAAGAUAAACAUUAAUGACCUUAGUUUCUGAAAACUGAGGACAUCUUGAUCAGAUCAUUCAUCUGUAAAAAAGCUUGAGGCACAUGUAGUAUUGAUUUCUAAUGCUUGGGAAGGGAUAACAAUAUCACACAAUGUCAGGCUAAAGAGCUAUACUGUUAGCAAAAUAAGCACUUUUGUCUAUUUUUUUUUUUUUCCAUGAUCAUUGGUGACUGGCCAGUGUACUCCUCAGUUUCCAAAGUUUGUAUCAAUAUCGAAAUUAUAAACAUGCCUGAGGUACUAAAUUUAGGUUGACUAUGUAUGUCUUAAUAUAUAAAUGCUAUUUUAUUGUUACUACAAUUACAUGCCUUUUGAAUCAAUUUCCCUUAAUUGCACAUAGUUGUAAAUGUUUGCUUGAUUUUUAGUGAUUAUUGAUAUUGACACCAGAGUUGUAUAUAUUUUGGUGUUGUUGAAUGUGAUAGAUCAAGAUACUAUUCUGCCUGUAAGAUCAAUAAAAGUAACUGGAUAAUCAA